UAAACAAACGUGUAGCCUGUGCCUGUGAUCGAGUUUGAUAUUUAGAAAUUUAUCAAAACCAGCAUAUAGAUUGAAGUGACAUUUUUAAGUCUUUCAAAGAAAAAUGACCAGUUAAAAAAAUGCACCAUCGACUUUUUCAUAGACUCAUUCCUAUACACAGAAAUCCCUCAGCAUAUUUAGCAGCAGCUUCAAGUUCAAACAGCACAUCUAGUUUACCAAAUAGAACACCAUUUAAACCCAAAACUGCAGUGGUCUUGUCUAAAGUGACAAGAUACGAAUUUGAAAAACGUAUUUUUCCAGACUAUACGGAACAGCAACUGAAAGACCAUUUAGAAAGUAAGAGAUCUGAUUAUGAUGGAUUGUUAGAAAGACAUAAUCGCCAUUACAGCUGUGUGGACUUGGUAGAGAGAGAAUUAAGAAAUAAUGGUAUUGAAGCUAAAGUAGUACAGAGGUUUGACCUAGAUAAUGAUUUGAUUGGUUGGGCUGAUGUUAUUUUCACUGCUGGAGGUGAUGGGACAUUUCUGUUAGCAGCUGAUAAAGUUAGAGGUCAAGAUAAACCAGUGAUAGGAUUAAAUACUGACCCAAGAAGAUCAGCUGGAUGUUUAUGUUUACCCAAAGAUAAGUACUCAGCUGAUCAAUUUGAUGUUGCAAUCAAACGUCUUUUAGAUGGAGAUUUCAGAUGGUUGAAACGACAAAGAAUUAGAAUUACAAUUUCAGGUCAUAGUGAAAAAUUGUUUCCUACUGAAUUAAAGGAAGAACAAUUACUUUAUCAUGAACAUAGAUUUUUAGAACAUAUGAAUGAAAAAUUAGAAUGCUCAAAACCUAUAGAUAGUGAUGAAAAUGGAAAUAUUGAAGUAUUACCUAUUGUGGCACUUAAUGAAGUGUUUAUAGGAGAAGCACAUUCAUCUAGGGUUUCUUAUUAUGAAAUGAAGGUUGAUGAUAAGCCACAUAUGAAAGAGAAGAGCUCUGGUAUAACAGUCUGCACUGGAACUGGAUCUACAUCCUGGCAUUUCCAUAUUAACCAAUUGUCUACAGACGCUGUAAAAAAUAUACUCAGCAUAUCUAAUAGUCUUUCAAGCUGUAAAGUUCCUGUUGAGGAUACAGCAUUAAUCAGAAAAGUAACAAAGAAAUUCAAUGAAUCACUGGUGUUUGACCCAAGUGAACCAAGAAUGGCUUACACAAUCAGAGAUCCUAUUAGAAAUGAUGUAUUCAGUGUUCCAUGUGUCAAAGGAUUUGCAAAAAGAAUACAAAUCCGUUCAAGAAUGUGGGAUGCUCAUCUUGUUAUAGAUGGUGGGUUUUCUUACAAGUUCAAUGAUGGAGCUAUUGCUACAUUAGAAAUUCAUGACGAAGACGCCUUAAAAAGUGUGGAGUUUGAUUAAUUUCAUGCCUUAUUUUGUAUAUUUUUGAAUGCUAUGUCCAAUGGACGCUCAGGAGUUCAAAGUUAACUCAAAUAUGCAGGCAAAUCUUAGUUCAAUUUUUUUAUUUUCAAUACUUUUCUAGUCUUAACGACCAGAAGUUAUUUUAAUAUCUAAUUUAAAAGAUGUUAAACAUAAACAUCAGCGACACUUUUCACAAAAUAUCUUACGAUUAAAAUUGAUUGUAAGUUAUACUGAAAUGUGUAUGACUUACAAGUUUUUUUACUCUUAAGAUUUUUUGUGAAAAGGGCGGCAGACGUUUUUAAACUUUUUCCCUUUUACACUUCAGAAUUGAAUCAAAUUUGACAAAAAAGAAUAGUUUCAAUUGAUUAUUGUAAGUGUUUUGUAUAUUAUUAAAUAAAUCACUAAUUUCUAUUGCCUCGUAGAGAAGUAGUAUUUUUGGAUCUCUUCUUGCGGGAAUAGAUAACAGGUCAUUCAUUAUUUAUUAUAAAUUAUGUUUCUUUUGCUAGAUGAAUAUUGUUUACUAUCAAAGUUUUGUUUGUUUUGUGUUUAAAGUUGAGUUGUAGACCUAAAUCUUUAUUUUGUAUCAAAAGAUAAGUGCCAAAGAUAUUGUUACUAGUCUGUCAGUAUUAUGUCAGUUUUAGAUCUGAUUUGAUUUUCCCUAAUUUAGUAAUUAAUUUUAAUGUGAUAAAAAUUGCCAUUGUAUAUUAAGAUUCCAAAGUAAAGUCAUUGUUUGGCUGGGCAGCAGUCACUAACCAUUUUUUUUUAUAAAAAAAGUGAAGUUUUUUGUUAACAUUGCUUUACCUCAUUUUCAUAGAAUAACCAUAAGUUAUGAAAUGUUGUUUGUAGAUUGAAAAAGGAGGAUAUGAACAUGAUAUAACAAUUUAAAAAAACACACUAUUGUAAAAAAAAAUCUAAUUUGUUGUAUUUGUUAUGCUUGAAGAUCUAAAUUACUAGGCUCCAUAGCAAGACAAAGAUUCCUCAGACUAACAUUUUCUCAGCAUUUUUUCCUGAAAUAUGUGAAAGAUAACCAGCUAUGUCCCAUGGUUCAUUCAGACUUAAGAUUCCUGAACAAUGGUUUCAAUUUAACAUCAUCUUUGAUAUAAUUAGCCUCAAACCUUGAAAGUUGCCUUUAAAUUUUAUGUGAAAUGGUGUAUAAUGUGUGUUUGGAUAUUCAUCAUUAGAUUUUGUAUAACCUUUCAUGUAAAUCAACUUUUUAGUGCAUAAAAAACUUUUUUAUGUGGUUUCUACUGAUAUUAUAUUUAUAUAAUAUAUUAAAAUAACAAAAAAAAUAUUUUGAAUACUGCUAGAUAAAGGAUUCAGUGUGAAUACUCAACUCACUGUGUUAUUUUGAGCACAAUUUUGUUGAAUGUUAUUAUUAUGGUUGGGGGAAUAUCAUUGUUAAUGAUUUAUUUUAAUAACAGUUAUAAAGAUUUGUUAUUGUUUGUAUCAAAAUAUUUUCUAUAUAUUUACAAUGUUUAUAGGAAAGAUAGGAAAAUUCUAAUGACAUAAGUACAACAUAAUGCUUAUUUUGUUAAUCAUAUACUUUAUUGUAUAGUGUGCCUUGGGAUAACUCAGUGUUACCAUGAACUCCUACAAAAUAAGUAAUUAAUUUUGAUUUUCUCAAAAAGUGUACCUUUUGAACAUACCAAAAAUUAAAAAAUGACCUCUCAGAUCAGACAUGAAAUGCCAUUGAAUGCUUUGAAUGUGUGUUUUUUUAGAGGAAAGGAAAGUAUAUCCAAAUUUUUUUUAAAAAUAUGUCUUGUUUGAUAAGGCUGUAUAUCCAACUAGUAUUGAGAAUAUGUCAGAAUGAGGCAAUUAUAAAUUUUCAAGAGGAAAUUUGAAGAAUGAUGAAAUAGACCUUAAGUACUAUCUGAUUUAUGAAUUUAAGGGCCAAAAGGAUUGUCUUAACACUCUAUACGCAAGUAUCUUGAAAUAAUUAGGACCUAUUUUAAUGAUGAUACAUUACUGAAAUUUGUAAUUAAUAAAAAACAAUUUAGAUAGUGUGAUGCUGAUAAAAUCCUUUUAGAAACCACUGUUAAAAGUCAUAUCUAUAGCAAAGUUGUGAAUAAUUAAGAAAGUUUCCAAUUUAUGCAACAAAGUAGUCAUUUCUAUUGUGUUCACAAAAAAUCAGAAAAAGUUAUAAAGUGCUUUUUUCUUGAUUCUUAAAUGAAACUCCUCUUCAUUUUUUGCCAAAUUGAAACAGAGUAUACAAGAAGCUAUUGCUGAUUUGUGUAAAACAUAUUCCUUACGUACAUUCCUGUCCAAAUAGUCAUUAAUUAUUAAAGGAAAGAGCUUUCAACAGUAAUCAGUGAAAUUAAUAAUUGGAAUAAUUAAAAAGAAGUAUAUGUCUGCUGAGUGUUUAUUUUGUUUGCCUAAUGAACCUUAAGACCAACCAGUUAUAUUUUGUUAAGCACUAUAGCUCUACUUGUUUAUAGGUGUUUAAAACCCCUAUAUAUUCAACCAAAUUUUUCAAUUUUCACAGCUCUCUUAACUAUUUUACCUUAAGUUAUUCAUGAGAACCAUGUAUAUCUUGAAUUGUUCAUGCAUCACCUUUCUAUAUGCCAAUGUUCAACCAAUGUUUGAAUCUUGUAGUGAAACAUGAAGUUGCAGAAGUCACCUUUUACUGAAAAUAGCACUCUGGUUUUUAAAAAUCUUCAGUAAGCAUACAGAUGAUGAUGAUGGGUGGCUGCUUAACAUCCAGCAGCAAAUUAAUAUGCAUAUUCAGGACAAGAUCUUGUUAAUGUUAUAUGAAUAUUAACCCUGCUUUGUACAAGACCGAAACGUUGAGAUGGAUUUUUACCUGCUAGUUCACAAGGUAACAGUCCACAGGAAGACAUGUCACCUUAUUCGGACACAUUAUUCUGAUUCUGAGCCGUCCAGUCUUUGCUCUUACUUCUUAAUGCCGGGAGCUUAGCGGAGAAGCAGCAAAUACCAAUUUUGAAGUCUUUGGUUUGACCCUGUCAGGGUUUGAGCCCACGACCUCCCGCACUUGAGGCUAACACAUAACCACGAAACCACCCAGGUGGUAGUAAGCAUACAGUAAGCACAUCCACCCGAAAUGCAAAUUCAUGGACAAGUAAAUUUUGGCUCAAAAAUGGUACAAAUAUAUUUCUAAUUCAUAAAAGUUAUAUUCAUGUAAAUGAAUUUGCUAGUGUUAGUAAACUACAACAUCAAAAGCUCUGAUUUGUCAGAAAGAGCUACUUUUAUAUUAUUCUCAAAGCUGAUUGGUUGAAUUUUUCUGUGUUCAUAUGUUCUCAAUGUUGAUUGAUUGAAUUGGCAUAAGUUCUCAAAGCUAAUUGGAUGAUGAGACACUUACUAUACAUGUUAUGGUGACAACUUUCAAAUUCAUCACAUCAAUAGUGAGAAAUGUCACAUAGACACCCUGACCUUGACCAGGUGUACUUGUAUAAACAUCAAGUUUAUAUGAGUAUGUCAGUUUCCAAGUAGCUGUUAGUAAUAUAGGUCACACAUAUUUGGUCUAUAUAGUCAAUGUAAGAUGUAUGUCCAUCUGACAGGAAUCACUUUAUCUUGACCUUGUUUUCAUGGUUCACACGAAGGUUUGUUAUUAAUUAAUUAAAUGAGUACUAUCUGAUUUAUGAAUUUAAGGGCCAAAAGGAUUGUCUUAACACUCUAUACGCAAGUAUCUUGAAAUAAUUAGGACCUAUUUCAAUGAUGAUACAUACUGAAAUUUGUAAGUAAUAAAAAACAAUUCAGAUAGUGUGAUGCUGAUAAAAUCCUUUUAGAAACCACUGUUAAAAGUCAUAUCUAUAGCAAAGUUGUGAAUAAUUAAGAAAGUUUCCAAUUUAUGCAACAAAGUAGUCAUUUUUUUGUGUUCACAAAAAAAUCAGAAAAAGUUAUAAAGUGCUUUUUUCUUGAUUCUUAAAUGAAACUCCUCUUCAAUUUUUGCCAAAUUGAAACAGAGUAUACAAGUAGCUAUUGCUGAUUUGUGUAAAACAUAUUCCUUACGUACAUUCCUGUCCAAAUAGUCAUUAAUUAUUAAAGGAAAGAGCUUUCAACAGUAAUCAGUGAAAUUAAUAAUUGGAAUAAUUAAAAAGAAGUAUAUGUCU